UGAUUCAAACCUCUUGACAAUGAUCAGGAUUCGAUUUCAACAAACUUAUAUCCUAGUUGUCUGUAAUUCAUGAUGUAAUUGAGAAUUAUAUUUGUUUAUAUGUUUUAAAAAACCGGCGCUCAGUAUAAUAUUGGUGCAACAUGCGGCCCAUUAUUCUCAAUGGACAUGAGCGACCUAUUACUCGAAUAACAUACAACUGUGAUGGAGAUCUUAUAUUUACUGCUGCCAAAAACCAAAGUGUUUGUGUCUGGUAUAGUGUAAACGGAGAAAGAUUGGGAACCUACGAUCAGCAUGAUGGUGCUGUAUGGUGGCUUGAUGUAGACUGGACAACUACCAUGUUGUUAACUGCCUCUGCUGACUGGUCGUGCAAAAUAUGGGAUGUAGAAACAGGAAAAUGCACAGACACUUACACCACAGUCAACCCAGUCCGCACAUGUGGGAUCUCCUAUUGUGGGAAUUUGAUAUUUCUAACUACGGAUGAUACUGGGAAGAAAAGUUGUGAAAUCAUAGCUUUGGAUAAGCGGGACUCUAGUCACAUGUCACAAAAAUCCUGUAUAUUUAAGAUAACAUCACCAGAUGAUUCUAAAGUGACUGGAGCAAUAUGGGGCCCAGUCAACCGAAACAUUAUUUGCGGACAUGAGUCCGGAGCUAUAACAAUGAUUGAUGUUAGUUCCGGGGAAUGUUCAAAGCGUAUCAACCCUCAUAAAGGACCUGUUACAGAUAUGCAGAUGCACCUAACUCUGCCAAUGUUCAUAACUGGAUCGAAAGAUCAUAAUGCCAAACUUUUCAGUGCUUAUGAUUUGGAAUGCAUCCGAACAUAUACUACCGAACGUCCGAUAAAUUCUGCUGCUAUUUCACCUAAUAGAGAUCACGUUUUAUUAGGAGGUGGUCAAGAAGCUCAUGAAGUAACAACAACAGCUGUUGGCCAAGGAAAAUUCGAUGUCAGAUUCUAUCAUUUAAUUUAUGAAGAAGAAUUUGGUCGUGUUAAAGGACAUUUCGGUCCUGUUAAUAGUGUAGCAUUCACACCAGAUGGCAGUGGAUUCGCAACUGGUGGAGAAGAAGGCUAUGUUCGACUGCACACAUUCGAUAGUGAAUACAAUGAUUUGGAUCAACGUCUUUUCUGAAAUAAGAAAAUUCCAUGCUGUUACCUUGGUGACUUGUACUAAACACUCGACAAAAAAAUAAAUGAAACUAAACUUUCCAUUGACAUUUUAUUGUUUGUAAAAUCUCUAGGAUCUUCAAACUAUAAUCAAUCCGUUCUACUCCGAUUUAACUGGAAAAAUGUAGGAAAAACAUUGUACGCAUUAUCCUCGAAGCAAAAACCAUCACGAGGUAAUA